AUGGCAGACCAGUGUGCCCUCCGCGUCAUGCGCGAGCUGCGACAGCUCGACAAGAGUGACCAACUGGCGAUGACCGUCAUCUACAAGGAGAGCAAUAUCCGCGAGAUCACCGCGCUCCUCAUUGGACCUCCGGGCACCCCCUAUGCGCUCGGAUUCUAUCAGUUCUCGAUCAGCGUCCCUCCCGACUACCCCGCCAAACCACCCAAUGUCCUCAUUAGAACCACCAACCGGGGAAGGACUCGCUUUGGCCCAAAUCUCUACGGGGGCGGAAAGGUCUGUCUCACAUGGGAGAGUGAGCCGGGCGAGCAGUGGUCCCCCGCGCAGGGGCUAGAGUCGGUCUUGCUGUCGAUUCAGAGUCUCCUUUCUUCAAAGCCCUACCACCUGGAGCCGGGCUUUGAGACUGAUGAUAACGAGGAGCAAAUUGAACUGUACAAUGCCAAGAAUUCCCUCCUGACGAGAUCUGAAAAGGAAAUUGCUAAAUCAGAGUUCCAGAUCCGGCAUGAGAAUCUCCGCCUUACAGUCAUUACGCCCCUUGAGAAAGCCUUUGGCAUCGAGCCCCCACCAGUCCCCUACGCGCAGCUCUCUGGGACGGCCAGAUGUGUACAACAAGGCUGGGGCCCCGUGAACUCAUCCAUCCGAGAAGAGCCUGAACUUCACAAUCCAUUCCUCGACUUUUACAAAAAACGGUUUUUGUGGUAUCUGGAAAUGUACAAACACGCCAUCCAGGAGGGCCUCGAGAAAGAAAAGAACCGUCACCGCCAUGACUUCCCCAUGCUCCCAUUCGAACACCCAGGCAAUAGCAUGAGAGGCACCUGGGACUACGAAGAUCUGAAAGCGCGCCUCGAGAAGCUCGAAGAUUGCACUAUGGACGAGACCCACAACUGGCCGAUCGAGGGGCUUGAACUUGUGAAGAAAGACGUUGGAAUCGCAGUCAGCCUGCGCGCCCAGCACGAGCAGAUCGCGUCCGGGCUUGGCCGUCGCGGCGAAGCGAUGGUCGACCUUGAGCUGGUAGAUGACAAUCCAUUCCUCUGGCGACUCACAUACUUUGGUCGGCCAAUGACCCAGUACGACGGAGGCGUCUUGAAGAUCAAGAUCUUCGUCAGUCCUCGUCACCCUAUCGAGCAGCCGCGAGUUUUUCUCGAGACGCCGUUGUAUCAUGUCCGCGUCUCCAAAAAGAAUGUACUGGUCUACCUGCCUACGCAAGCGGAUGAAAUGUCUCGGCAUAUCGAAGGAAUUAUCAAUUCCCUAGAGGAGGAGACGCCGCCUUUCAACCCGCUCCUGAUUGUGAACCCCGAGGCAUCCAAGCUCUGCUGGGGAAACAAGGAAGAACAACGACAGUACAGCCGCAAGCUUCGCCGUUCAGUGGCGGCGACUCUUGAGUGA